CACACAGCAGAACCCCCCCCCGGCUCUCUGCCUCUCUCAGCAUCUGGGCUACUUCUCUCGCUCUUGCUCUCUCUCUCUCUACUUCUCCCCUCUUACUCGUGGCUCCCUAACUCUCCCUCUACAGUCUACUCCAGCUCCGCCGUGCUGCUUAUAGUGUUUUUUUUCUCCAGUCUUGACUUAACCAGCCAGGGAAGAUGUCCUCCAACCCGUCCCCAGGAGCAGAGUCUGGACCUGGGGCCAAACCCAAACCCCAGUCCCCCUUGAGGAAGAGGGGUAGCCUGCAGUACUCAACCAGCCCAGUUGACCGCCGAGGUGCCCGCCACUUCCUGACUUCCCAGCAUUCUUUGCCAGGGAUCCCCGUGGUGCUGAAACAAACAAUUGACCUACGCACCUCCAUGGACGGCAAGUACAAGGAAAUUGCUGAGGAGCUGUUCUCCCGCAGCUUAGCAGAGUGUGAUAUGCUCAGCGCCCCUUAUGAGUUCCCUGAGGACAGUCCCAUAGAACAGCUGGAGGAGAGACGACAACGACUAGAGAGACAGAUCAGCCAGGAUGUCAAGUUUGAGCCAAAUAUCCUUCUGCGAGCCAAACAGGAGUUAAUGAAGACUGACAGCGCUACUGACCUAGAAUACCUGAAGGAGCAGAGCCAGGCAUUCAUGGACCUGUACCCCAAGGAGAAAGAACGGGAAGGAGAGAAGGAGUACCAGCGGGUCACCAUCUCUGGAGAGGAGAAAUGUGGGGUUCCCUUCACAGACCUGCUGGAUGCUGCUAAGUGUGUAGUGAAGGCCUUGUUCAUCAGGGAGAAGUACAUCGGCCUGUCCAUGCAGAGCUUCUGUCGGACAACAGCCAGAUACCUGGAGGAGCUCAGUGACAGACCUCUAGAUAUGGGCAUAUACGAGGAGAUCCCGGAGACCUCUGUUACUGCAGAUUUAGACCAGACGGUCCAUCCUCCCGUCUCCACCACUCACCCUUACGAGAACCAGGAACCUGCCUGUAUGCCUCCUGAUAUAGGCUAUGGCUGCAAGAUGGUAAACGGUGUCGUCCACAUCUACACUAAUAAGGACACAAUGGAGAAGAGCACAGAGUUGGAGCUUCCUUAUCCAGACCUACAGGACUACAUCAAUGACAUGAACGUCAUGAUGGCUCUCAUCAUCAACGGACCUGUGAAGUCGUUCUGUUACCGUCGGUUACAGUACCUGAGUUCUAAGUUCCAGAUGCACAUCUUGCUGAAUGAGAUGAAGGAGCUGGCAGCUCAGAAGAAAGUCCCUCAUAGAGACUUCUACAACAUACGCAAGGUGGAUACCCAUAUCCACGCCGCAUCCUGUAUGAACCAGAAACACCUGCUGAGGUUUAUCAAGAGGGCCAUGAAGAAGUAUCCAGGGGAGAUUGUCCAUGUGGAGAGAGGCAAGGGACAGACGCUCAUGGAGGUGUUCGAAACCAUGAACCUCACAGCCUUCGACCUGAGUGUGGACACACUGGAUAUGCAUGCUGACCGCAACACUUUCCACCGCUUUGACAAGUUUAACGCCAAAUACAACCCCAUCGGGGAGUCCAUCCUGAGAGAGAUCUUCAUCAAGACAGACAACCACGUACAGGGGAAAUACUUUGGACACAUCGUCAAGGAGGUGAUGGCUGACCUGGAGGAGAGUAAAUACCAGAACGUGGAGCUGCGUCUGUCCAUCUGCGGCCGCUGCAGAGACGAAUGGGACAAGCUGGCCCAGUGGGCCGUCAAACACCAAGUCUACUCUAACAAUGUACGCUGGCUGGUGCAGGUCCCACGACUCUUUGAUGUGUACCACACCAAGAAGCAGCUGUGUAACUUCCAGGAGCUGCUGGAUAACAUCUUCAUGCCUCUGUUCGAGGUUACCAUCGACCCCGCCAGGCACCGUGAGCUGCACCUCUUCCUACAACACGUGGUGGGCCUCGACAGUGUGGACGACGAGUCUAAACCAGAGCAACACUGCUUCAACAUGGAGAGUCCUCCGCCAGUCGACUGGACUGUGGAAGACAACCCUCCUUAUGCCUACUACCUGUACUAUAUGUACGCUAACAUGACCGUGCUCAACCACCUGCGCAGGCAGAGAGGUUUCAACACCUUGGUGCUGCGUCCUCACUGUGGGGAGGCGGGGCCUAUCCAUCACCUGGUGUCGGGUUUCAUGCUGUCAGAGAACAUCUCCCAUGGACUGCUGCUCAGGAAGGCCCCUGUGCUGCAGUACCUGUACUACCUGGCUCAGAUCGGCAUCGCCAUGUCUCCUCUCAGCAACAACAGCCUGUUCCUCAGCUACCACCGUAACCCUCUGCCUGAAUAUCUGUCCAGAGGACUCAUGCUGUCACUGUCCACUGACGACCCUCUACAGUUCCACUUCACUAAGGAGCCCCUGAUGGAGGAGUACAGCAUCGCUGCUCAGGUGUGGAAGCUCAGCUCCUGUGACAUGUGUGAGCUGGCCAGGAACAGUGUUCUGAUGAGCGGUUUCUCCCAUAAGGUGAAGAGUUACUGGCUGGGCCCUCACUACAUCAAGGAGGGCCAGGAGGGCAACGACAUCCGACGCACCAACGUCCCCGACAUCCGUGUGGAGUACCGCUAUGAGACCAUGUGUGAAGAGCUUAACCUCAUCACCCAGGCCAUCCACACAGAGGAGCUGGCCAUCCACACAGAGGAGCUGGCCAUCCACACAGAGGAGCUGGAGGCCAUCCACACAGAGGAGUUGCAGGCCAUCCACACAGAGGAGGGAACGCUAUGUAGGGGGCCUGUUUAAGGGGAGAGAGGAGGAGGCUGUGUAAGGGGCAUGUUUAAGGGGAGAGAGUAGGAAGAAGGAGGAGUAAUAGGAAGGAGGAGGAGUAAUAGGAAGGAGGAGGAGUAACAGGGAAGAGGGCAACCUUCGUAUGGGGCCUGUGUAGGAAGAGGAGGUACG